ACUUGAAGAACUCAAUCGUUUCAUCUGCGACAUCAAUGGCAUGACUGGCAACGAGUAUUUCGUGAUGGGAAAGCUUUAUCAAGAAGAUGCUAAAGUUGGCCUGAAACACUACACGGAACAAGUUCGUGAGUUGAUUAUACAGCAAUUGGUGAAACGUCACAGGAAUUUGAAUCUCGAAAUAUGCAGAAGUUUCGAAGAGCUGAAGAAACGUUGUUUGGACAUUCCAUCCAAUACGAGAGAAUUGUUAAGCCUCGGCGAAUACAUGCUUUUUGCAACGACAAAGCUGAUGGAAAGUCUUCGCGAAAAAAUCGAACUUUCGUUGUACAUGCUGACGACUCUUUUAGAGAUGACGUUUAUCGAUAAAGACCACAUAGAGUUGAAUAAUGAUACUGUCAAUUGGUUGACACGCAUUAAACCGAUACUCAGACAAAGUGGCAACAUGUACGAACAGAUGAAAUUCGAGCUCGAAGAACAAUUACAAGCGAGAGCCACGAGAUUGCAAGCUAGCAUAGAAGAAUUGUUUCCCAGAUUGAUAGUAAUGAACGACAUGGACGACGCAACACGGAUUCGAGAAUACAUCGAAGACAUGAGAAAAUUUAUACGAGGAAUGGACAGGAUGGAGGAAGAGGGAGAAUCGAUUAAUCAGGAGGAACGAUUAUUCAAAUUUCCCCUAACUCCCUAUCCACGAACCAGAGAACUCAAGGAAAUUAUAAUACCUUUUUACUCCCUUAUUUAUCGUGCUUACCAGUGGCAACGAGAUUGUGGGGUUUGGUUGGACGGACCUUUCGAAUUCCUCGAUUCGAACGUCAUUGAAAGCAAAACGACGGAUUAUUUAACCGAUUUUACGAAAAUUGGCAAAGCUUUUAGAACGAAAAUCAAAAUGCAUAUCGCCAUUAAUUAUCCUUACAGCUUCGAAGGAUCAGUGGAUGAUCCUGAUCCUUAUCAACAUCCAGCCCCCAUGAAACUGUGUUUCCAGCUUCUCGAGAAUGUGAAAUGGUUCAAGCCGUACGUGGCGUUGGCAAGUUGUUUCUGUAACCCUGCAUUGCGGCAACGUCACUGGGACGAAAUGUCUCAAAUAGCUGGUUUCGAUCUCACCCCUAACGCUGGCACGACCUUACGUAAAAUCAUCGAAAUGGAUCUGAUGGAUGAUUUAAUGCAAUACGAGAUCAUAAGUGUGAGCGCAACGAGAGAAUUGGCACUUCAAGAAGUUUUUGCAAAGAUGAUUAAGGAGUGGGAUGACGUUGUUUUCACGACGAUGCCUUUCAAAGAAUCGGGCGUGGGAAUUUUGACCCAAAUCGAUGACAUAGAAGCUCUGCUCGAAGAGCACAUUGUCAAGACACAAGCGAUGAGAGGCUCUGCUUUCGUUAAACCGAUUGAGGAGGAAGUCAGAGUGUUUUAUGAUUUGCUGCUUCGUAUGCAAAGAACUAUCGGGGAAUGGACUAAAGUCCAAGUUCAGUGGAUGUACCUUCUUCCAAUAUUUUCCAGCAAGGAUAUCGUGUCACAGCUUCCUGAGGAAGGAAUAAUGUUCCAGGAUGUCGAUGGAACUUUUCGUCGCUCGAUGCAAGUCGUUGCGAAAGAGCCUCACGUUCGAGAGACCGCUGGAUCGCUCGGCUUGUACGAAUCGAUGAGAGACGCCAACGAAUUACUGGAGAAAAUAAACGACGGCGUGACGAAUUAUCUCGAAAAGAAGCGACUCUUUUUCCCUCGUUUUUUCUUCCUCAGCAACGAGGACAUGCUCGAAAUUCUUUCAGAAACUAAAGAUCCGCUUCGAGUUCAACCGCAUCUUAAAAAGUGUUUCGAAGGAAUCGCCAAAUUAGGAUUUAACGAAGAACUCGAAAUUUAUUCGAUGCUCAGUGACGACAAAGAGGAAGUGAGAAUGGAGGAGCUCAUAUCGACGAGUGCAGCGAGAGGCUGCGUCGAAAAAUGGCUCGCCGAGGUCGAAGAGCAAAUGGUAAAGUCGAUAAAGCACGAAAUUUUGAUGAGCUAUUACGACUACGACCCCGAAAAGAGAGUCGAUUGGGUCACUAUUUGGCCAGGAAUGGUCGUGCUCUGCGUUUCCCAAAUUUACUGGAGCAUCGAAGUGCACAAUUGCUUGAUGACUCACAUGCUCCUGACGUUAGAAACUCUUCACAAAAAAUUGCAAUCCCAAAUCCAAGACAUGGUCAACCUCGUAAAAGGACAGUUGUCGAAACAAAAUCGUACGACCCUAAACGCUCUCAUAACGAUUGACGUGCACGCUCAAGACGUUGUUAAAAUGUUGAUCGAUAAGAGAGUCACUGACGAGAGUGAUUUCCAGUGGCUUGCUCAACUACGCUAUUAUUGGGAGGAAGACGUUUUCGUCAGAAUAAUAAAUGCCACGGUGGCUUACGCUUACGAGUACUUGGGAAAUUGUCCUCGUCUCGUCAUAACGCCAUUAACGGACAGGUGUUACCGAACGCUGAUAGGCGCGUAUUCGCUGCAUUUGAACGGAGCGCCGGAAGGUCCAGCGGGAACAGGAAAGACGGAAACGACGAAAGAUUUGGGUCGAGCACUGGCGGUGCAGUGUGUAGUUUUCAACUGUUCGGACGGCUUGGAUUACAAGAACAUGGGAAAAUUCUUCAAGGGUUUAUCGUCCUGCGGAGCUUGGGCGUGUUUCGACGAGUUCAACAGAAUUGAGUUGGAAGUGUUGUCGGUGGUGGCUCAGCAGAUACUGUGCAUCGUACAAGCGGUGCGUGCCAAUUUGGAGAAGUUUAUAUUCGAGGGAACGGAAUUGAAGUUGAAUAAAUCGGUGUACGUCUGCAUAACGAUGAACCCUGGCUACGCGGGUCGUUCGGAGCUGCCGGACAAUUUGAAAGUGUUGUUUCGUACGGUCGCGAUGAUGGUGCCGGACUACGCGAUGAUCGGCGAGAUAUUUCUGUACUCUUCUGGUUUCUCAACAGCGCGAGUGCUCUCGAUAAAAAUAGUGACGACGUACAAGCUGUGUUCGGAGCAGCUGUCGUCGCAGUCCCACUACGAUUACGGCAUGAGAGCCGUGAAGACGGUAUUGACAGCGGCCCAGAACAUAAAGUUGAAAUACCCGAACGAGGACGAGAUGGUUCUGCUCUUGCGAUCGUUGAUCGACGUGAACUUGCCGAAAUUUCUGGCUCACGAUGUUCCGCUCUUCGAGGGUAUAAUCGCGGACCUUUUUCCCGGGGUCGUAUUGCCCUCGCCCAGUUACGAAAUCCUCCUCAAGGCCGUCGGCGAAGUAGCGGAAAAAAGGAACCUCCAAACCGUCGAUGCUUUUGUCCUGAAAAUAAUUCAAACGUUUGAAAUGAUGAUAGUGCGUCACGGUUUCAUGCUGGUGGGGGAGCCUUUCGGCGGGAAAACUACGGUUUUGCACACCCUCGCAGAUGCUUUGACUCUGAUGGAAGAGUGGCAAGUUGAUUACGGAGCGAAAACAGUUUACACGACGAUUAAUCCGAAGGCGAUUACGAUGGGCCAGCUGUACGGCCAGUUCGAUCCAGUCUCGUCCGAAUGGACGGACGGCGUCGCGGCCGUCGCUUUCCGUCGCUACUGCGCGGAUGAGAGCGCCGACAGGAAGUGGCUCAUAUUCGACGGGCCGGUCGACGCCGUUUGGAUUGAAAAUCUCAACACGGUUCUCGACGACAACAAAAAACUGUGUCUUACCUCCGGCGAGGUGAUGCAAAUGUCCUCGGUAAUGUCGAUGAUCUUCGAAGUGAUGGAUCUCGUGCAAGCCUCGCCGGCGACGGUCUCCCGUUGCGGGAUGAUCUACAUCGAGCCCCACGUCACCGGGUGGCGUCCCUUCGUCGACUCUUGGCUCGAGUCCAUCAAGUCUUACGCCUGGGUCCGAGGCAACCGGGGACUGGUCGCUGAUCUCUUCUCCUGGCUGAUGGGGCCCUGUCUCGAGUUCACGAGGAAAAACUGCCGUUUGACCUUGAACGCGGGCCAGAUAAACCAGACCGUCUCGACGCUCAAUCUCUUCGAGAUUUACAUGAACGACGCGGUCGCCGACGACGCUCAGGACUACGAGCUCUACGUCGAGGCCUGGAUCCAAGCCUCCAUGCUGCUGGCCGUCGUCUGGGGCGCUGGCGGAACUCUCGAUCGCGACUCCCAGAACCUCUUCAACGAGUUUUACAUCUCGCUGUGGAAAAAUGAGUCCAAGGCACAUCCGCUGCCGGAAAAUCUCGAGGAAAUCGUAAUUUCGCUGCCCGUCGAAGCCACCAUCCACGACAGCUACUACACCUUCAAAGCCCGAGGGGCCUGGAAGUCCUACGGGGAGUUGGCCAAGCAGGAGAAGCUCCUGGAGACCUCGAGCAUCGGCCAGAUGAUCGUCCCGACCGUCGAAACCGUCAAGUACCAGUCUCUCUUCCUUCGCCACAUGAAACACAGGAAAAGAUUUCUUCUCUACGGCGACACCGGGACCGGAAAGAGCUUCUACAUCCAGGACGUCAUGAUGAACAAACUCGACGAGGAAAAGUUCCUUCCGAGCCUGAUUACUUUCACGGCGAAAACGAGCGCCGCCCUCGCCCAGGAGCUCGUCAUUUCGAAGCUCUUCAAACGGAGGAAAGGACACUACGGACCGAUGGGCGACUCCCUGUGCGUCGUCUUCAUCGACGACGUCAACAUGCCAGCCAAAGAAGUCUACGGAGCCCAGCCCGCGAUCGAACUCCUGCGGCAGUUUUUCGAUCACCGCCACUGGUACGACCUCAAAGAGCCUGAAAAAAUUCUCAUCUACGAUACGAUCUUCGUCUGCGCUAUGGCUCCACCCGGGGGCAGUCGCCAGGAGCUUUACAACCGGUUUCUCCGCCACUUUAAUCUCUACUCCAUCGACAGCUUCAACGAGGAGAGCAUAUCGAAAAUCUUCACGAAUAUCGGGCUCGUUGGACUCAAGAGGAACGGUUUCGCCAGCGACGUUAUCAGCACCGUCGUCACCCUGGUGAACGCGACCUUGGAAGUCUUCCGCAAAGCCACCGAGAGUCUCCGACCCACGCCCACGAAAUCUCACUAUCUUUUCAACCUCCGAGACUUCUCGAGGGUCAUCACCGGCUGCUCGAUGAUCAAGAAAGAAUCCGCCGGGACCAAAGGCUCCUUUGCGAGGCUCUGGGUCCACGAGACCACGAGAGUCUUCGGGGAUCGUUUGAUCGACGACGACGAUCGUAAGUGGCUCUUCCAGCAGCUCAAGAACACGGUCACCGACACUUUCAAGGAAUCCUUCGAUCACAUUUUCGAGCACUUGCCCAAAUACGAGGACCAGAUCACCGAGGUCAGCUUGAAGAAUCUCAUUUUCGGUAAUUUCAUGGACCCCGAUGCCAAUGCCGAGGAGAAAGUUUACGAGGAAGUCUUCUCGAUCAACGCCUUCCAAAGAGUCGCUGACCAGUGGCUCGAGGAGUACAACAAUACGCACAAGAACAAAAUGGACAUCGUCCUCUUCCGGUACGCCCUCGAACACCUCGCGAGGAUCUCGAGAAUUUUGGCCAUUCCCUGCGGAAGCUUGCUCAUGGUCGGGGUCGGAGGCUCGGGAAGACAAUCGCUCACGAGGCUCGCCGCUUCCAUGGCCGGCUGCGGCCUCUUCCAGCCGGAGAUUGGGAGCGCCUACGGGCUCAACGAGUGGCGAGAAGACGUCAAAAAGGUGUUGAGGAACUCCGGGGGGACCGGCAAAGAUUUGGCGUUCUUGAUAACCGAGGGGCAGAUCAAAGAGGAAACUUUUUUGAGCGACAUCGACAGUCUUUUGAACUCCGGCGAGGUUCCUAAUUUGUUUACCAUUGAAGAGCGACAGGAAAUCAUCGAAAUGUGCCGACUGGCUGCUCAGGGUGGCAACCGCAAUUUGGACAUUUCGGUGCUCGCCGUUGUCGCUUACUUCGUUAAUCGCUGCAAGGAAAAGCUCCACAUCAUGCUCUGCUUCUCACCGAUCGGCGAGGCCUUUCGGAUUCGACUUCGAUUGUACCCCAGCUUGGUCAGCUGCUGCACCAUCGACUGGUACGACGUUUGGCCCGAAGACGCCCUCGAACAAGUCGCCAUACGCUGCACCACCGACAUCAACGUCACCGAGCACGUCAAAGUCAACUCCGUCGUUGCUUGCAAAUUUUUUCAUGUCUGCGCCAAAGAAAUCAGCCAGGACUUCUAUCGGUCACGUGGACGCAAAACUUACGUCACUUCCGCUGCUUUCCUCGAUCUCAUCAAAACUUUUGCCGACCUCAUGAGAGAGAAACAGGAAGAAAUCUCCCUUGCGAGAGAUCGAUACCUCGGUGGUUUGGACAAGCUGGAAUUCGCAGCCCAGCAAGUUGCGCAGAUGAAAAAGACUUUAACCGCGUUGAAGCCUCAGCUCGAGUCGUCGGCUCGGCUGACAGCACAAACGAUGAAGAAAGUAGAGAACGAGAAUGUGAGUGUGGAGACGGCGACGAUUCUGGUGAAGAGAGACGAAGACGCUGCGAACAUUCAAGCGGAAAUUUCUGGGCAACUGAAGCAAGAGUGCGAGGCGGAUUUGGCGGAAGCACUUCCGGUUCUGGAGGAAGCAAUCGCUGCUCUCAACACUUUGAAGCCGGCGGACAUUUCGCUCGUUAAAUCCAUGAAAAACCCUCCGGAGGGUGUGAAAUUAGUGAUGGCUGCGAUCUGCGUGAUGCUGAACAUCCAGCCUGAGAAAAAGGUCGAUCCUACGAGUGGGAAGAAACGCGUCGACUACUGGGGCCCGAGCAAGCGUAUUUUGAGUGACAUGAAGUUUCUCGACUACCUUCGGGACUACGACAAAGACAAUAUACCACCGGCGACGAUGCAGACUAUACAAAAAACGUACAUGGAGAACCACAAUUUCGAGCCGAAGAUCGUAGCCAAAGCGUCCCAGGCUGCGGAGGGUCUCUGCAAAUGGGUCAGAGCCAUGGUCCUUUACGACAAAGUAGCCAAAGAAGUUGCACCGAAAAAAGCGAAGCUCGCCAUCGCAGAAAAACAGUACGAAGACACGAUGGCUUUUCUCAACGAAAAACGACGAAUGUUGGCUGAACUGAACGCCAGGUUGGCAGCGUUGCAGCAGAGCCUUCAACUCACUUUGGCCAAGAAAAUUGACCUCGAGACACAAGUCACGAGUUGCCGAAACAAAUUGAUAAGAGCUGAGAAAUUAAUAAGCGGCUUGGGUGGCGAGAAGGAUCGUUGGCUGACGUCAGCUCAAAAUCUCCAAACAGCUUACGACACUUUGCCCGGUGACAUCCUCAUAUCCUGCGGAAUGAUCGCUUAUCUCGGCCCAUUCACAACUUCCUACAGGAUAAGCAACAUCGAUAAGUGGUGCAAAUACGUUAAAAGCUUGAACAUCCCGUGCUCCGAAAGCUUCAGCUUCGCGACCGUUUUGGGCUCGGAAAUAAAAAUCAAUUCGUGGAAUAUAUUCGGUCUUCCUCGCGAUUCUUUCUCGACCGAAAACUCCAUCAUCAUGGACAACUCGAAGCGCUGGAGCCUGUUCAUCGAUCCUCAGAGUCAGGCUAACAAGUGGAUUAGAAAUAUGGAAAAGCUCAGUGAGCUCGAAGUCAUCAAACUCACCGAUGCCAAAUAUAUGAACACCUUGGAACAGUCGAUCGAAUAUGGAAAGCCGGUGCUGAUAGAGAACCUCGGUGAGGAAUUGGACCCGGCAUUGGACCCGAUUCUGAUGAAGAAGAUUUACACGAUAUCGGGUGGGACGUACAUAACCUUGGGCGAAAAGACGAUCGAGUACGGCUCGCGUUUCCGUCUGUACAUGACGACGAAGCUCCGAAAUCCUCAUUACCUUCCGGAGGUUUAUAACAAAGUGACGCUGAUAAACUUCGCGUUGACGAUCGAGGGUUUGGAGGACCAGCUUUUGGGAAUAGUCGUCGCGAAAGAGAGGCCCGAUUUGCAGAAGAAGAGAGAAUACUUGAUAGUCCAAAGCGCUGCGAACAAAAAAUCGCUCAAGCAAGUGGAGGACAACAUUUUGAGAACUCUGUCGGUUUCCGGCUCGACGAUACUCGAGGACGAGGAAGCCAUCGAGAUUUUAGACUCCUCGAAAAUCCUUUCCAUCGACAUCAUAAAGAAACAAGAAGCCUCCAAAGAGACCGAGGCCAAAAUCGAAUCCUUUCGCCAAAGCUAUCGACCGAUCGCGAAGCACAGCUCGUCCUUGUACUACACCGUAACCGAUCUCCCGAACAUCGAUCCCAUGUACCAAUACUCUCUGUCGUGGUUCAUCAACUUGUACGUCCAUUCGAUCGACGUGGCGAACAAGAGCAAAGUUUUGGAGCGCAGACUCGGCUUCCUCCGGGAAACGUUCACGUACAAUUUGUACCAAAACGUCUGCAGAUCCCUCUUCGAGAAGGACAAGGUUCUGUACUCCUUCGUUCUCUACACGACGAUUUUACUGGCGACUCAACAGAUGAAGAAAGAUGAGCUCAUGUUUUUCCUGUCGGGUGGCGUGUCACUGGCGAACCCUCUGAAAAAUCCGGCCCCCGAUUGGCUUCCGGAGCGCUCCUGGGACGAAAUUUGUAGACUCGAAAGCCUCCCCUCGUUCUCCAACUUCGUCGAGAGCUUCCGCUCGAAUCUCACCGCUUGGAAACAUUUUUACGAUCUUAUGAAUCCGCAGCAUUCGACCGUUCCUGAACCCUGGGAAAACAAAUUAACAGCGUUUGAAAAAUUAAUCGUCAUGAGGAUUUUUAGACCUGACAAAAUAACUGCGAAAGUCAUUCAAUUCGUGGAGGCUGGAAUGGGCUCGAAGUUCGUUACGCCGCCGCCGUUCAACCUCGCGAAAUCUUACGGCGAUUCGAACUCGUUGAUUCCUCUAAUUUUCAUCCUUUCACCGGGGUCCGAUCCGAUGGGAGCUCUGUCGAAAUUUUCGGAAAACAUGGAUUACGCCUCGAGAUUUCGAUCGAUUUCCCUCGGUCAAGGUCAGGGCCCGAUCGCUAAGAAACUCAUCGAGGAAGGUCAAAACGAGGGCACGUGGGUUUGUCUGCAAAACUGUCAUCUCGCGGUGUCCUGGAUGCCGGAGCUUGAAAAAAUAUGCGAGAAUUUUGACUCGACCAACACGUCGAUCAAUUUUCGACUCUGGCUGACGAGCUACCCGUCAGAAAAAUUUCCAAUUUCAGUUUUACAACAUGGCGUCAAAAUGACGAACGAACCGCCGACCGGACUUCAACAGAAUUUGAUGAGAUCGUACACUUCGGAGCCAGUAAAAGAUCCCGAGUUUUUCGCUGGUUGCCCAGGCAAAGAAAAAGCUUUCACAAAAUUGUUGUACGGAUUGUGUUUUUUUCACGCGGUUGUACAAGAACGUAGAAAUUACGGGGCACAAGGAUGGAACAUUCGUUAUGGUUUUAAUGAAUCCGAUUUUUUAAUAUCGGUACAGCAGCUUCAAAUAUUCAUGAACGAGUACGAAAACGUGCCGUUCGACGCCAUAACUUACUUGACCGGUGAAUGUAACUACGGAGGUCGUGUCACUGACGACAGAGAUCGAAGAUGUUUGAAUACGAUUCUCGAGGAUUUUUAUAACCUCAAUGUAAUUGAGGAUCAGAAUUACGCCUUUGCGGAUGUCGGGCCCGAGUACACGCUGCCUAAAAAAUGCGAUUACAACGACUACGUGAAGCAAAUUCAGGCGAUCCCGACGACAACGCCACCUGAAGUUUUCGGUCUGCACAUGAACGCCGGUAUAACGCGUGAUCUCGAUGUUUCAAAAAUAUUUUUCGACUCGAUGCUGAAAAUCCAAGGGACGAUCGUCGUUGGCGACACGAGCGAGCAGGACCAAUUACUAUUGUCUAUGAAAAGAGAUAUUUAUGAAAGAAUGCCCGAGCUUUUUGACCUUGAGGAGGCUCAAAAGUCAUACCCCGUAUCUUAUUCCGAGUCUAUGAACACUGUGCUCAUCCAAGAAAUGGAAAGAUACAACGCUCUCCUGAAAGUCAUUCGAAGCUCGAUGGUUAUGCUGGAAAAUGCAGUCAGAGGAAUGAUCGUCAUGACCCCCGAAUUGGAGCUCCUUGCGUCCAGCAUGCUAAACGCCAAAAUUCCGUUGACCUGGGCCAGAGCAAGUGCUUAUCCGAGCUUGAAGCCGUUGCCGAGUUUCGUGAACGACUUUUUGGAACGCUUGAAGUUCCUCCAGAAGUGGUUCGACAACGGGAAACCCGCAACCUUUUGGAUAUCUGGUUUUUCCUUUGUUCAUGCUUUUCUCACCGGCGCCACGCAAAAUUACGCGAGAAAGUAUAAAAUAUCGAUCGAUAAAAUCGACUUUGAUUUCGAGAUGACGAGCAUGCACGAAUCGACAGUUGCACCGAACGAUGGUGUCUACGUUUACGGUAUGUAUCUCGCCGGUGCUCGAUGGGAUCUCGAACGUAAAUUACUGGCAGAGAGUAGACCGAAAAUUUUGUGGGAACUCAUGCCAAUCGUUUGGCUCAAGCCAUGCGAAGUUGUAAAUAUAAAUAUCGGUGGGCGUUACGAGUGUCCUUUGUACAUAACCUCGGCACGUUUCGGCACUCUCAAAACUACGGGACAUUCAACGAAUUAUGUUUUAUCGCUGCUCAUCGAUACCGAUCUGCCAGUAAGUCACUGGAUCAAGAGAGGUCUCGCUCUUUUGUGUCAGCUCGACGACUGAUCAUGUGACUAAACCGUUUUCUGUUUACUCUAACCUCUAACCUUCCCGCGACCUCUGCUUUCUGUAAACACAUUUUACUCGUGGGAGUCGGAGAGCAGUCGACGACUCGAACUGACGGAACUCGGCGUCGAUUUUUUUUAUCUGCUCGUCUAUUAUCUUUGUAUUAAGUUAAAUGAAAUAAAUAUCCGGAAUACU